AGGAAGCAGAGCUUGAAAAGCUGAAGGAGGAGGAGGAAGAGCUGCAGAAAGAUCUGGAAACAGCAUGUACACACCCAUCCCCAAGAGCGGCUCUCCAUUCCCAGCCUCAGUGCAGGAUCCCGGCCUGCACGUAUGGCGGGUGGAGAAGCUGAAGCCAGUGCCAGUAGCACGAGAGAACCAGGGCAUCUUCUUCUCUGGCGACUCCUACCUGGUGCUGCACAAUGGCCCGGAGGAGCUCUCCCACCUGCACCUGUGGAUCGGCCAGCAGUCAUCCCGGGAUGAGCAGGGGGCCUGCGCUGUGCUGGCUGUGCACCUCAACACCCUGCUUGGGGAGAGGCCUGUGCAGCACCGCGAGGUGCAGGGCAAUGAGUCCGACCUCUUCAUGAGCUACUUCCCACGUGGCCUCAAGUACCAGGAAGGUGGAGUGGAGUCAGCCUUUCAUAAGACCUCCCCAGGGGCCACCCCAGCUGCCAUCAAGAAACUCUACCAAGUGAAGGGGAAGAAGAACAUCCGUGCCACCGAGCAGGCGCUGAGCUGGGACAGCUUCAACACCGGAGACUGCUUCAUCUUGGACCUUGGCCAGAACAUCUUCGCCUGGUGUGGUGGAAAGUCCAACAUCCUGGAGCGCAACAAGGCGCGGGACCUGGCCCUGGCCAUCCGGGACAGUGAGCGGCAGGGCAAGGCCCAGGUGGAGAUCGUCACUGAUGGAGAGGAGCCUGCGGAGAUGAUCCAGGUCCUGGGCCCCAAGCCUGCUCUGAAGGAGGGCAACCCCGAGGAAGACCUCACAGCUGACAAGACAAAUGCCCAGGCCGCGGCCCUGUAUAAGGUCUCUGAUGCCACUGGACAGAUGCACCUGACCAAGGUGGCCAACUCCAGCCCCUUUGCCGUGGAGCUGCUGCUGUCUGACGACUGCUUUGUGCUGGACAACGGGCUCUGUGGCAAGAUCUACAUCUGGAAGGGGCGAAAAGCUAAUGAGAAGGAGCGGCAGGCGGCCCUCCACGUGGCUGAGGACUUCAUCUCCCGCAUGCAGUACGCCCCAAACACUCAGGUGGAGAUUCUGCCCCAGGGCCGCGAGAGUCCCAUCUUCAAGCAAUUCUUCAAGAACUGGAAAUGAGGGUGGGUGUCGUCUGCCUAACCUGCUUGCUCCUCCUCUGGCUGCCUGGUCAGUGCCAAGGAGCACCCGCGGAUGUUCAAUAAAGGAGACAGGUGCUUCCCCGC